GUCCGUCCACCUCCACUCUCGACCUCCACUGUUGCCUUCCGCUCAGUCGUCACAAAUAAUCCUACGACAAGAUUGCAUCAACAAAACGCUGAAGGAUAAUAACUCUGGCUGGUUCACCACGUCCAUGGCAGUUAUCCUUUUCUCUUCUAGUAACCCCACCACUCUUUAAAAAUUCCGCCUAAAAAGAAAAAGCGUUCUGUCCCCUCUUUUGGGUUUUCAGCUAACGUGUACAAUAAUUACCCAGAAGAUCUAGGGUCAUCGCUUCACCGAGAGCCAUUUGACUUCAACGCGGAGCCACCUUGGGAUCCUAGCUGAUAGUGGACGGGUUCAAACCAGGACUCAUCCAUGUGAGUAACACAGUUUGUUGCUAAAGUCUAGGAACCCAGGGGCUCAAGAGGGUGUGAGCAAGUACACUUCGGACUAGCCAAGUUCUUUAUGCCUGUCGGAUUAGAAGAAAACGGUUGAGAGGAUGAAAGGAAUCGCUGAUGAACCGCAGUAUUCUGUCGGUCUGCUGGAGGGAGGCGCAGCCCUCUGUGACGUGAUUGACAAUCAUAUUUAUGAACAAUCUCUGACUGAGAAGAAUGCAUUCUUUGUAGCAGACCUGGGAGUAAUAAUGAGGCAGCAUGUUCGCUGGCGAACCCACAUGGCCCAAAUUAGACCCUACUACGCUGUCAGAUGCAACAGCAGCCCAGCUGUUAUUGAGGUUCUUGCUGCCCUCGGCGCCGGAUUCAUUUGUACCAACAAGUCUGAGCUUGAGCUGGUGCAGAGCCAUGGUAUUCCCUCUGAAGAUAUCGUCUACAGCGGUGUUUGCAAACAAGUGUCCCAGAUUAAAUACGCUGCUAAAAACGGCAUUGACCUCCUGGUGUGUGAUAAUGAAGCCGAGCUGCGCAAGAUUUCUCGCUGCCACCCCAAUGCCAAGCUGCUGCUACAAGUUUCAACAGAAGCUUCCAGCCAGGGCGACGAGAUGAGCAUGGCAUUCGGCUGUUCCCUCAAGGACUGCAGGCGUCUGCUGGAGAAGGCCAAGGAGCUGGGGGUGCAGGUGGUGGGAGUCAGGUCUCACAUUUCCAGCUCCUGCGAGGAUGACCAGGUGUACGUUCAUGCCAUAUCUGACGCCCGCUGUGUCUUUGACAUGGGAGAGGAGAUCGGUUUCAACAUGAAUGUCCUGGACAUUGGAGGUGGCUUCAGUGGCUCUGAGACCCAGCUGGAAAUGAUCAAUACUGCAGUCAUGUCGAUGGUGGAUUUAUACUUCCCUCCUUCUACUGGUGUUUCCAUCAUCGCUGAGCCCGGCAGCUUCUUUGUGUCCUCUGCGUUCACUCUGGCUGUGAACAUCAUCUCCAAGGAGGUGGUGGCACGAGACCGCCAGGACCAAGCACACGAUGAUCCGUCUCCCAACGAUGAGCCAGAGUUCCAGUACUACAUGAACGAGGGGGUGUAUGGAUCAUUCACCAGCAAACUCUGUGAGACGCUGAUCCCUGCUCCAUCUGUUCACAAGAACCCCCCCCUGGAUGCUCCGGUGUUCAGCAGCAGCCUGUGGGGCCCCUCUGCAGACGACCUGGACCAGGUGGUGGAGCACUGCCUGCUGCCUGAGCUCAACAUCGGAGACUGGCUGACCUUCUCCCAGGCAGGGGCCUACACCAUGGGACAGCCCCUCCGCACCACCCCCGACUCACCAGCGCCCCCUGUGUACUACGUCAUCUCCUCCAGGGACUGGUAUGAGAUGCAGGACACUGUAGUCACCCAUGAGGCUACACUGAAGAACUUCUCUUUGGUCCCUUGUUUCCACAAUUCCUGCCACACAGAGGCCGCUCUGUCUGUCCCCGCGUAGCAAUCAUCAGACUAGGAAGUCUUUACUUUCCUGCUUUCUGCUGCUAGCUUCCUCUGGUCCACAUUUCACGGGGUUGAAUGGAGCAGAUAUAGCAUUUUACAAACCCCAAUACACAAUAAACUAAGCGAUUAAACCCUAAGUAGAUGUUUUAAGUAUGCAACAAAAUGGAUGAGUCCUAAAAGACAAAUGCAUUCUUCCCUUUGUUUUGCGCCGUUUACACACACACGGUAGACGUAUAAUGAUUCUAUUUAACAAAUCCUCUUAUCUAUGUCUUCAUUGCUUUUGCCAGUGUCGUAAAGUACAAUAUGUAUAACUGAGUGGAGCUGUGUAUUUAAAUACACAGUUCUGAGAUUUUGUAGUGUGCUUUGCUACAGGAUGUGUAUUUAUGAAUUUAAUUGGUUGUAUAGUUUAUUCAGUUUGAUCAGAGCUUGAUUUCCCUUAUAACAUUGAUUACAUGUUUUCCUACUCAGUGUUUUGAAGCUUGCAAAUGAAAGCGUAUUCACUCAUCUGUGAACAAAGCCAGUGUCAUCAUGAAGUCCUCUCGUGUAAUAAUGAUCAGUCUGUUCUGGUGUGGUUGAGAAGCUGAACUAGUGUUUCUCUAAAACGCUAAGUAGCUUACUCCCUGAGCAGUAAAAGAGCAGCAGGUAACUGUUAUACUUCGACAUAAUAAAACCGGUUUAUUAUUCAGCACGCGCUGCAGAUGGAACAAAGGAAGUGCUGAUGGAUAAAGAAUCAGCUAACAUGAAAUAACAAAGCAUUUAUAAUGCUAGAAACAUUUAAUGCUAUUUCUAUCAAUAUUUCUAUGUUUGAGAAUAUUUUUUCAAGAUCUAGGACUGCUUUUAAAAAAAUAUGAUUUCCCUAUCUGUGUUUAAGGCAUGAUGAACUAUCUGUGAUCGUCAACACGAACAGCAAUAAACACCUCAAUGACUGGA